AUGGGAAAGAUCACCUUCUACGAGGACCGAGGCUUCCAGGGCCGCUGCUAUGAGUGCAGCACCGACUGCCCCAACCUGCAGACCUACUUCAGCCGCUGCAACUCCAUCCGAGUGGACAGUGGCUGCUGGAUGCUCUAUGAGCGCCCCAACUACCAGGGCCACCAGUACUUCCUGAGGCGCGGGGACUACCCUGACUACCAGCAGUGGAUGGGUCUCAGCGACUCCGUCUGCUCCUGCCGCUCCCUUCCCUAUACCAGCUCUCACAGGAUAAGGCUGUACGAGAGAGAUGACUACCGGGGCCUUGUGUCUGAGCUCACAGAAGACUGCUCCUGCACCCACGAUCGUUUCCGCCUCAGUGAGAUCUACUCUCUGCACGUGCUGGAAGGCUGCUGGGUCCUCUACGAGAUGCCCAACUACCGGGGGCGGCAGUACCUGCUGAGACCUGGAGACUACAGGCACUUCCACGACUGGGGCGCCAUGGAUGCCAAAGUCGGCUCUCUGAGACGGGUCAUGGAUUUGUACUAA